CAGCAGCAGCAGCAACCACGCAAAGCAGCUGCGUAGAAGACGGAUGCGAAAGAACAAAGCGCAGACCGGAACGCAAUCGAAAAACGGAAUGCAAAGCGCAUAAAUGCAGAAGCGAUGAUGGAGGCAUUGGAUCAGCAACAAGCCAAGCUUACGUCUAACAUAGAUGCCGGUGAUGCGGGUGGUACGAGUGCCAGAGUCGGAGUGGAUGUCGGUGCGGGAGCAGCAAGUGGCACUACCAGCGAGGAGGACGAUUACGAGGACACUAAUAAUGCGCUGGGGCUGGCGAAAGAGGAGAGCCCGAAGGAGCGACACAGCGACAACAACAACGCGGACGCCGCUGACGAUGCCGAAUGUGUACGAAAGCGUAAAAAGAGCACCGAUGACGUGAUAGACUUGACCCUGGCAAACGGCCAGGAUAGCAGCCAAAUGGAGGCAGAGGAACAGGCAGAGUCGGAGACGGCAGACAGCGAGAAGUCUGCUGACGAAUCGCAAACGAAUGAAAGCGAAACUUCAAAGGAAUCUCUUCUGGCCGAAGAUGCAGACAAUGCCGAGGAGGUGGCUGUUUGCGACAGCGAAGAUAUUGCGGAGAGUCCGCAGUGUCCAACGAUUGUCAUUGAGAGCGACGAUGAGCAGCCGACCAGAACGUCAUCUUCUGCUUCGGUCGAUUGUGUAAAGCACGAGCAGGUGGAAGACAGGGAAGACCUGCUGCCAUCUGUGAAGGUGGAGGAGGAGGAGGAGUCGGCACAGUCCACCACAAUACCAGUGAAGGAGGAUCUGCCAGUGGAUGGAGAUGUGGAGCUCAAACGUGAUACGCAGAGUGUGCCCAUAGCGGAACCAGAAGCAGCUGAGCAUCCCAUACAGCUCGAGGAGUCUGCUGUUUCCUAUGAUGGUGAUGAUGAUGAUCCAGAGAAGGGCUUGGCGAUGCCCAAAGAUGAAGAGGACAUGCAGCAGGCAUCGCCGGCUGUCAAAGAAAUCAUCAAUGUGGAAUCGGAGAGUGAAGAGGAGGAAGCAGAGGGAUAUCUAUCCGCAAGAGGAGAUCUUGAUAUCGAUACGGAGAGUGAGGAAGAGGAUGUCGAUUCUUCCCUGUCCAUUAAGGAAGACUUUGACAGGGCUCCGUCGGCGACUGAGAAAGAGGAUGCAGAGGGAUCUUCGUCUAUCAAAGAGUUGGAUGUGGAACCGGACAGUGGAGAGGAGGAGGCAGAAGCAGCUGUAAAAGGAGACUUUGAUUUCGGUAGGGAGCGUGCCGAAGAGGAUGUGGAUUCGUCUCUGUCCAUAAAGGCAUCAGAAACGGAGGAUGCAGAGCGAUCUUCGCCUAUUAAAGAGCUGGAUGUGGAACCAGAGAGUGGAGAGGAGGAGGCAGAGGGAAAUCUAUCUGUGAAAGAGGAUCUUGAAUCCGAAACGGAGAGCGAGGAAGAUGCAGAUGAUGCCGAUGCCGAUGCAGCUGCAGAUGCAGCCCUGUCCAUUAAGGAAGAAUCGGACAAAUGUCCGGAGACUGAGAAAGUGGACGCAGAGAGAUCUUCGUGUAUGAAAGACCUUGACGAGGAAACUGUGAGUGCCGAGGAGAACAUUUCGCUGCCUCUGAAAAAGGAUCUUGAUGAGGAUACGGAGAGUGCGCAGGAGGCCCUGUCUCUGUCCAUUAAAAAGGAUCUCGACGAGGAUUCGGAGAGUGAGCCAGAGCACGGGCAGGAAAAGCCAGCUGUGAGAUCUCCGUCAGUUGAAAAAGAUUUUGAAAUGAAUGUCGACAGUGAGGAUGAGCGCCCGCCGAAUAACGAUUCAAAGACGAGGGAUUGUCUGGCUUCAGACGAGGACUUCGAUGAAAAGGCAUCCCAAUCCAGCCGAAAAUCGUCUGCAGAGGAUUCGUCCGAUUCAGAGGAUUCCGUAACGCUGACCAUGGACGUGGAUCAUCCAUGUAGCGAGGAUGAGGCUGCGGCGCCAGGAGUGGUUAAAAUUGAAUCCGACUCGGAGGAGGAUCAACAGAUGGAGGAAAGCCUCAAAUCAGCGGCUCCUGCUGCCACCCCCACGGAUGUAGUGGAUGUAGAGCCGCUAAUCAAAGUGAAUGGCACACACGAUUCCCCCAUUCCCGAGAAUAAUGCGAAGGAGGAGCUGGAAGAAGAGCAAAAUCAAUUGUCUGUGAUACCGAACCACACUGCGAACGAGGACGUUGAAGAUGAAGGAGAAGAGGGAGAAGGAGAAGCAGAAGUAGAAGUAGAAGAAGCAUCCACGUCACAACAGCCGCCAAUGAGGGGACGGCCAUUGAUCCUUCCCGUUCGCAGAAGCCGCAGUCGGAGUACCAGCAGAAGCAGCACAAUCAGCUCAGCCUCGCAGCACCAACUGGUCAUCGAUCAUCCCGCCGAGAGUGAACAGAAUAAUGGCAAGGUGCAAGCCCUGAUGCUGCCACUCAAGCGCAGGCGCAGCAGCAGAAACAGUGUCUCCUCCGCCUCCACCUCCGCCUCCGCCUCCGUCAGCCAGCCCGAGAAACAAAUGAAGCUGGUAAACUCCUCCUCGCUGCUUCUGCAGCGUCUCCAGGGCAAUGCCGGGGCCCAUGUCAAUGCCGAUCCCGCCAGCGAUCCUCCAGCGGCGAGCAACCUGCUGUGCUGCGUCAAAUGCAAUCUCCAGAACUUUGAGACCUUUCAGCAGCUAAACGAGCACCAGGAGCAUUGCAAAAUGGAGACGAAGGAGCAGCCCGAGCGGAAAAAGGAGCGCUUCUUUCGCUGCGCACAGUGCGGCACCGUCCACCAGAGAUGGAACUUCUUCAUCCAUGUGCGGGAUGUCCACCAGAAGUACAUGUGCAUGUACUGUAGCCUCACGUACGCCACUGUGGAGAAGCUGUCGCUGCAUCUGGAGAACAAGCACGACAUCGACCAGAGCCACCUGUCCAAGGAGGCGUGGAGCGUACAGCAGCAGAAGGAGGAUCGGGGCAGGCAUCUCGUCUGCUGCUCCUGCCAGACCACCUUUCCGCAGGGCUCAGAGUUCGAGAAUCACGACUGCAUGGAGCUCAUGGAGCCGUGUGCUCAGUGUGGGGUGAAGGGCUGCCAUGCGAUGGCCUGCAGAAACCAGAAGAAGAAGCAGCCCAAACGGAGGAGAAGAGUGCGGAAGCAGCAGCCAGAGCAGCAGCAGCAGCAGCAGCUACAGACGCAGGCGGUGCCAAUGUCCAUGCCAGCGGAACAGCAGGAACCCCAGCAAACGGAGCGAGCGGAGAACAUUCCAGCGCCAAUGCCCAUUUGGCCAACCAUCGAACCAGACACUCUGGUUCUGCCUCCGGCCAUUCCCAAGCUAGUCGUGCCCAAAAUAAUGUUGCGGGUGCCAAAGGAGUUUCAGAAAUCUGUGGACGCUGCUCUAAGCAGCACCGAUACGGAGGAGGAGGAGCCGGAACUGCAUACGGCGACUCCCCUGGAAAGGGAAACGGAAAUGGAUCCCUCUGCGAGCCCACAAACGCCCCCUCCUCCGUCGCAGCCGCAGCCACGCCACAGCCUAGAUGACUCGGACUGUGCACUGAUGAUGAGCCGCAUGCAGGCCGAAGUGGAGCGCACCGAACUGGAAAUACAGCGCAUCAAAGCGGACAGGAAACCCGAUAGGAAGAAGCAGUCCAAGGCCAUAGCCCCAGCAGCUGUGCUGGACGAUGGAUUGCCGCAGCACGCAGCGGAAGCUAUGGAGCAGCCCCUGCUCCAGGAGCAGGUACAGGUGCAGGUGCAGCAACCCCAGCAGCAGGAGGAACAGCGCCGCUGGUCACUGACGCCACCCGCUUCGCCACACAACACAACACAGCCGCCGCCCGCAAUAAUCACGGAAUUCCAGGACCACGCAGAUGCAGCAGAUGCAGAGGCAUCGCCUGGGCGUCGCAAUAGCCUGGGCAGUGACUGCAUGGACAUUGAUGACAGCCUGAACGGACCAACGGCUGCCAACGAGGGAGAAUUCGGAUCCGCAGAGGUCCCAGCGACGGACCAAACGGAGGCUGUGACGCUUCCAGAUGCAAUCCAGCCCGUGCAGUCGCCUCCGCUGCCGUUCGAUGGCAUUCUGGUGGCCGGAGAGGACACGCACACGAUUGAUCUGCAGCUGGACCGACCUCUGGAUCGGUUCACGAUUGUGGAGUUUGUGCGUCUGUGCCUGAAGGCGGUCUUCCCCAUCUGCCUCUUCUGCAAUCACGCCCGCCGCAUUGCCGUCAAUGGCAAGCAGCUGGUGCUGCACAUGAUUGGCCAGCACCGGUUCACGGCGACGGUGGACAGCAUCACGGCCGAGGAGUUGUACGCGGAGACGAUUGUGGCAAGGCUGAAGAGCUUUGUGCCCCAGCUGGAGGAGGAGUACCUGAAUAUGGCCAGCUACUGCACCCUGGAGAAAGUCAAGAACACAGAGUCGUUCAACGAGCGGAUCUUCGAGUGCUUCUCCUGCCGCUACGUGGCCGCCACGCACAAGGAGCUGUACACGCACAACCGCAGGAUGCACGCCAAGUCCAACAUCACGUGCUUCAUGUGCCGCACGAAUUUCUACAGCUACAGCGAGCUCCUGUGCCACAUCUGUCCGGGCGAGGAGGCGCGCAGCGUUUACGACUUGGAGUUCCGCUGCUCCCUGUGCAAGUGGGCGCCGACGCUGCCCUCCGGCUUCCGUCUGAUGGUCCACCUGCGGAAGCAGCAUAAUGUCUGCGACAUCUGUAUGGAGGAUUGUGUCACCCAGGCGAAGCUCUCGGCGCACGUGUGGAAGCACAAGCUGCUGCAUCUGUGCUACCGGUGUGGCAUCGCCUACCGCAACAAGCAGGACAUCUCGAAGCAUCUCUUCUGGAAGCACGGCACCGAGAGCGCCGGCUGCAAGCGCUGCCUGCAGAAGCGCUGGCCCCACGUCUACCACUUCUGUGUGCCGCCCGUGACGUUCCCCUGCGAGGAUUGCGGCUUCAUCUUCAGCAAGGCCAUCUACCUGGAGGUCCACAGGCGGAUGCACACCGGCGACUUUCGCUACGCCUGCGCCGAGGAGCUGUGCGACGAGAAGUUUGUCUCGCGCAAGCUGCUGCUGAAGCAUGCCACCACCCAUGAGCCGAAGGAAGGUGCCCCAGAGACGAACACGCAGGAGCCGGAACAGAAAGAGGAUCAAGCAUCGCAGCAGCCACUGAAUCAAGCGAUCAAAAAGGAAAUGGUGGAGGAGGAGCGAGAGGAAACGGCUCAGCACGAGGGCGAAACGAAAGCAUCGCCGUUUACCGAGAAGGAAACCAAAACGGAAUGCACGAAACUGGAGGCGACAACUAACGACAAGACGGAGGCCUCGGAGCAACCGACUGCGAAAUCGGAGACACGCAAGCGACGCAAGAAGUCCAAGCGCACCAAGGAAUCGCUCGAGGAUCUCAACCUGAUAGCCCCGAAUCUGUCCGAGUCGGACAGCAGCGAUAGCAGCGACUCGGAUGCGCCACGGAGAAGUGGCAGCCAUGGCCAUGAGACACUGCCCAUGCGAUCCUCUGUGGAAGAUUUGGAUAUGCCCAAGGUGAUGCUGUCGCCCUCCUCCGAGAGCGACGCAGACGAGCAGCAGUCGCAGCCAAGCGAGAAGCUGGAGGAGCCACUUGAGGGCGAGGCGAAGCCCUCCACGGAGCCAAAGGAAGAGGAGACGACGAAGGCGAAGGCAGAGGUAGAGGCAGAGGCAGGUGCAGAGGUGGAGGUGGCCAAAAAGGAAGAGGAACCAGAUGAUGUCUCUGAUAUGUGGAAAAAUCUACUGCAAAAUCAACCCGUGAACCCCAAUCCGGAGGCCAAUGCCAAUCCAGAGGAGGAGCAGCCACCCAAGGAAGAAACGCCAGACGCAGAGGUGGAGAUCCCUCCAACCCCGCCCAGCAAGGUGCAUGUGGCCUGGUCCGAUCACGAUUACUGCAAGCUGCAUCGCACACCUCCCCCCUCGCCGGCCAAGAAACAUUCCACACCCAAAGCGUCGCACUCCGGCAAGCGUGCGGGGAAAAACAACGCCUCCAGCGACAGCGACAGCUCCAGCAGUUCCAGCUCCAACUCGGACUCGGACUCCUCCAGCUGCUCCUGUGGCUCCAACUGCAGCUGCAGCUCCAGCAACAGCAGCAGCUCCAGCGACGACUCUGAUGAUUCCGACAGCUCCAAUGCCGCGGCAUCGCCCUCGAAGCGGAUGCGCAAGAAAUCCCUGAAGCAGAAGAAGAACGAGGGAUCGCUCAAGCAGACGUCGCAGCCAGAGCCAGAGGAGGAGGUUAAUGUGACCUCCGCGGCCGAGGAGCAGCCUGUGCCGGCUCCGCCCUCGCCAAAGGCGCCGGUCUACAACGAAUCGGACUUCGAUACCGCCUUCUCCGACACCGACGAGGAGUUCUACGAUGCCCAUCCCCAGAAGCUGGCCAGCGAGUUGCUAGCCCAGAAGCGCGAGGCCCUGCUCGCCGAGCAUCCGCCCGUGGGGCCGCGUAACAACUACGACAUUGUGGAGAACAGUCGUCCCUCCACGCCGUCCCUGCCCGAGGAGGCGGCUGCGUACGCCGACAGGCCGGAACGAGUCCGCAACAAAAAGAAGAAGCGAGAACGAAAGUCCACAUGUAAAUCGGGAAAGUUCCAGCCGCUGGCGAGCACACCCCUGCCCAUGUCCAUGGCCAUGUCGAUGGAACCCCCCAUCGCCACGCAUAUGCUGCCAGCAGAGUCGCCGUCGUUGCUGCCAGUCACCCCGCUAACGCAUCGACAUCUGCAGCCUGGCGGCUUCCUGGGCCUGGGCAGCCGGAUGAGCGAGGGCAGCAGCUGCUCCGACGCCGAUGGCCAGCUGAAGCGCUCCAAGCGCCAGAGGCGUCCCAACAAGUUCUACGGCUACACCAGCGACGACGAGAACAUGAGCACCAUCCUGGCCCCGCCGCUCCUGGUGGGAAUGCAGCUGAUCAAGCCACAGCCGCCGCCUUUGCUGACCUGGGCCAAGGAGGAUUUGCCGACGCCGCCCAAACAGCGCAGCAGAAACAACAACAACAGCAGCCAUCACCACCAUCUGCACAGCAAUGGGGGGACGCGAACGCCACCGACGGGUUCUGGAUCGAGGAAGCGCAACAGGCAACGGUCCCAGGCGGCGAGUGGAGGCGGAUCGAGUGCGAGUGCUCGCUCCGCAAAGCGCCACAAGCCGCACAGGGAGGAGAAGUCAUUGCCGCCGAUACCCACGCUAAAGAUACGGCCCAGCCUCCUGCCGGCCACAGCACCGCCGACAUCCAGCAGCGACAGCAGCUCGGAAGACGAGGAAGUGAACGUGACCAGCCUGGGUCCGCCCACACCACAGAUGCAUCCUGCAUUGAUAAUGCCCGCAGCGCCACCGGUGGUCACACCGGUCCAGUUGCCACCGCCUCCGCCGCCGCCGCCUGCAGCCACCGCAUUCAAUCAGCCCAUUCCCCCGGCUCUGCUCCCGAAUCCGGACUUUGCCACGCUGCAGUACUUCAAGGCGAACAACAUACGCUACCCGAUCCGACCGCCGGCAGGGGCCCGGCUGGCGCGCGAGGGCGAGUCCGUCUACUGCUACUGUCGCUGUCCCUACGACGAGGUCUCCGAGAUGAUUGCCUGCGACGGCGACAACUGUCUGAUCGAGUGGUUCCACUUUGAGUGCGUGGGCAUAAUGGUGGCGCCACAGGGCAGGUGGUACUGCGCCGAGUGCAGGCCCAAGUACUCCGAGGGCCUCUAUCCGGCCGCGUCGGCACAGUGACACCAUCUGCAUCUGCCAGUAGGAGUUCGCCUGGGAUUCAGUGGAUCCUCUUCCACACAGUAGCCACAAGCAUAACCGCAACCACGCGAUCGAAACCCCACUACAGAAUGGAAUACGCUUAUUAAUUAAUAAACAAACAACUUAGAACAGGUCUGAAAGGAUAUCUAAAAUUACUAAUUACCACAAAUGAAAUCUAUCUAUCUAUCUAUCGUAAGACAUUCAAUAUAAUAUACAUAUAUGUACAUUUUAAAGGCAAGAUCCGCCAAGAUCCGACACCAGGCUCAAAGUGCACCCCUCCCCAGAAUAAUAAACGUAUAUAUUAGAUAUAUAUAUAUAUAUAUAUAUUGAGAUAUCUAUAUAUGUCAUAUAGAAGACAGACCCACAAUUGCGUGUAAAUAUCGAGAGUUGCAUAUCCAUUAUGCAAGUUUGUACCAUACUUAGGGAUCCCCAUAUAAAUAAAUGUACGCCUAGAAUACUACACACCACUUAUGAAUAGCACCUAACCCCCCCCCACCCGCCCUAACCCCUGAACCAACCCCAAGCCUAGUUCUUAAUUAAAUCUAUCAUAUGUGUACGUUUACAUUUAGUGACUACGAUUAGUUGUACCCAAACAAAACACAUGGAUAAACGGAAACAAGCGGAAGAAUAAUUCAUCAUCAUUCAAUCGAUGUUGAGCGAAAUACACACACAUGCAACUGUGACAAAACGUAUAAAAAGAAAACAAAAAAACAAAACAAAACCAAUAAGUAAUACUAA